CUAAAACCAAUCAUUCGUCGCGCGACUCUCAAUGAGAGCGGUCUAAGUUCUGAUUCUCGAGUAGCUGCAUGCUGUGAGAUUGCAGUCGCAUUUGUUUUCAUAAAUAUUUAGUGUUCCGGAAGGGCUCCGCCACCUUCGCCAUGUGCCAACUGCAUCUACUCGGUUUCCUGAUCACCAUACUGCAGAUCUGCUAUAUAAGUGCUCAACACGUGCCUUACGUAGCCUGUCCUGGUAUUUUUCGCUAUCUCGAGUACCAGAACGAGUACAUAGGACACUUGCAACUCGUUCUGGAUAAUAGGAACGCGGAAAACGAAGUUCGCAUAGAGCUUUCCCAGCGUGGAGGCAGAGCCCCGCCCACUCCCGGUAUGUUUAACUUCCUGGAGGACGAGGAAUCUCUGCAUUACCGCUUGAGAAACGAAGAGCCCAUCAACUUCCGAAUCGACUUUCCUACGUCGGGGGUAGUGCCCAAACUUACCAAGGUUUCGGUGAAUGGAAAUGUUGUGUGCCAGGCUGCAGAAUUUGGACCGCCCAGCAUUAAGCUAAAGCUCUCGCGAACUCUGCGAACAAGUAUUCCCUUGGCAGCUCUUCCGCCACCCCAGCGAUCCGAUCCGCCACAGUGGUCCCGGAAUCCUCCGAGGAACAUUACGGCGGUCUAUGAGCAAGAGGAACCUCCUCAGAGAAGGCAGCCACCCGCCCAGCCUCCUCAAAGGAAUAUUGGAGUGUAUGACGAAAGGGAGCCACCUCAGAGUAGCCGCCCUCAGCCAACUCCGCCUCCUCCUCCCAAGCAGCGACCCCAAGAAGUGCCAGCCAGACCAUCGCCGCCCUUGGUCCCGCCUGUACAAUCGUUUCCGUACCAAACAAUUGGACAACUUAAUGGCAUCUGUGGGCGGGAGAAGACCAUCCAGACGCCCUUCAUCCACGGUGGCAACGAGGUGGAGCGGGGACAGCUGCCCUGGAUGACGGCCCUCUUCGAGCAGGUGGGCAAGGACUACAACUUCCUGUGCGGUGCCACCCUGAUCUCGGCCAGAACUGUUAUCUCUGCUGCCCAUUGCUUCCGCUUCGGCAGUAGGAAUUUACGAGCUGAAAGGACUACUGUUUCGCUGGGUCGGAACUCCCUGGAUUUGUUUGGACCUGGAUUUACUAGUGGUGUAUCGCAGCUUUUGCUCCAUGAGCAGUACAAUCCCAGUGUAUAUACCGAUGCCGACUUGGCUCUGCUGCAGUUGACUGACCGACCUGUAUUCGAUGACUACAUCAAGCCCAUCUGCUUGUGGAACGAAAACUAUCUGCUGGAUUUGCCCUCUGGGUACAAGUCAUAUGUGGCGGGUUGGGGCGAGGACGAAAAGGGCAACCGGAACACGCGGCGGGCCAAGAUGACCGACACAGACAUCAUCACCGCCUCGGAGUGCCGGGGAAACCUCUCCGCGGAGAACGCCCACUUCAUCACCUCGCACACGAUCUGCGCCAGCAAUGCCCUGGCCUCGGGACCCUGCAGCGGAGACUCCGGCGGCGGACUGAUGCUCCAGGAGCAGGACAUCUGGAUGCUGCGCGGCGUCGUCUCCGCCGGACAGCGGAUGACCAACCGGUGCAACCUCACGCUGCCCGUCAUCUACACGGACGUGGCCAAGCACAUCGACUGGCUGCUCAAAAGCAUGUGGUUCUGAGGGAUUGCUGGGGAUUUAGUUGAAUUGUGUGCCAAAAUAAAUGAUAACUUCAUAAGCUUCUAACAAACAAGAGAAAUUCAGAGUUAUUAAAGGAAAGAUAUUGAGAUUAACUUUAAA